AAGAAACUCAACAUUAAUACACUAAAAUUCUAUACUCUUAGUACAUACACUUUUACUAUUUGUCAAUUUGGUAUGACUGACUCUUACAGCACCCAAAUUGUAAGUUUAUAUGCCUUAACUCACUCUUUAUACUUAUCUCAAUUGUGUAUCUUUCAGGGCAAGUCUCAGUAUAAAAGACUCAAGCAAAUGUAUACUAGAACAAAUAAACAAGAUACUGUGAAGGGAGUAUUAUAA